UAUAUAAUCAUGAAACGGAUUACGUCUAUAGAUUUUAAGAAUAGCAUACUAAGUUAUGUAAUUGCUACUGGGAUAAAUUCAUUGAAGUUGCAGUCAAGGUUUAAACGAUGGCAAAGGUGAAGGUGGACAAAGUGGGUUGGAGGGUGGAUGUUAAUAUUUCCACCUCUUCUGCUCACCAUCUUCUCACACCGUCUGUACUGAUGAACCUGGAAUUAAGUGAUGGGUCAUCUCAGCUGUUAGAUUUGGAUGUUCGCAGUUUUAGCCAGUUAAGAUGUAAAGUUGCAGAACUUCUUGCCCAAUUAAAUUUUGUGCAAGAGAAGAUGCAAGCAAAAACGUUACCACAAAUGAGGAAAAUAGAUUCAUGAGACAACAUGGGUGCCAAUGUUCUUUAUUUUGAACUUUGUUGAACAGCAAUAACAUCAAUGCAUCUAUUGGCUCAUCUUCUUGGUGUUUUUGUGAACUUGAGUAUAAUCAUAAAACAAAAUGUAUUCUUAUGUGGGUGUCGUGGUUUUAUUUUGUUUAGUUGUUUAUUAAUAAUAUAAUUUUAUUUGCAUCACUCUUUAGCUCUUUGGAGCACUGAAAUAUGCUAUAUUCUAUAGCUUUGUAGUAUGUUAUUAGUAUAUUUUAAGGGCCGAGAAUGUGUUUCUGAGUUUUGAAAUAAGAAUAAUUGUUUUCUACAAA